AUGGUAUCAUCCUUCAUCAGGUCGGACCCUACCUUUCUUUGCGUUAUUGCUAAACGAACAACGUUUGGGGAUAAUUGUCAUGGCGCCUGUUCCAAAAACUCCUGGUGUGACCCUGACGACAAUAGAUGUAAAUGCAGUCCUGGCUAUUCCGGGGAUCCGUACUGCUCUACUGGAUGUGUCCAAGUCCCGUGUUAUGGUAAAUGUAAGACAAAUGCCUACUGUAGGACCUCGGACAACAAAUGUUACUGUAAAUCUGGCUUUACAGGGAACCCGUAUGUUGGAUGUCGAGUCCCGUGUUAUGGUAAAUGUAAAGAGAAUGCCUACUGCAGGACCUCGGACAACAAGUGUUACUGUAAAUCUGGUUUUACUGGGAACCCGUAUGUAGGAUGUAGAGUCCCGUGUGAUGGUAAAUGUAAGACAAAUGCCUACUGUAGGACAUCGGACAACAAAUGUUACUGUAAAUCUGGAUUCAUAGGGAACCCGUAUGUAGGAUGUAAAGUUCCAUGUGAUGGUAAAUGUAAGACGAAUGCCUACUGUAGGGCAUCAGACAACAAGUGUUACUGUAAAUAUGGCUUUACUGGGAACCCGUAUGUAGGAUGUAAAGUCCCGUGUUAUGGUAAAUGCAAAGCGAAUGCCUACUGUAAGACUUCGGACAACAAGUGUUACUGUAAAUCUGGCUUCAUAGGAAACCCGUAUGUAGGAUGCAAAGUACCGUGUGAUGGAAAAUGCAAGACAAAUGCCUAUUGUAGGACCUCGGACAACAAGUGUUACUGUAAAUCUGGCUUUACUGGGAACCCGUAUGUAGGAUGUAGAGGUGAGCUUUAA